GAGGGUCGGUUGAGGGGGAGAAAGAGGCCGUGGGUCGGUUGAGGGGGAGAAAGAGGCCGUGGGUCGGUUGAGGGGGAGAAAGAGGCCGUGGGUCGGUUGAGGGGAGAAAGAGGCCGUGGGUCGGUUGAGAAUAGAAAGGUCGACGGUAGGUUAAGGGAACCUACAAGAUAAUCUGUGCAUAUGCAUUUAUAAUGACAUGCCCUGUUUGGCACUGAUUUGUUAAGUUCUAUUUGAUAUUUGUAUGGAAGCAUAGAGACUGUCAGUGCCACAAUUUUAUGUUACUAGAAAUAUUUGUUUUUGAAAUAAAAGACUGCUCGCUUUUAUUGGUUUGUGUUCUUUCAGUUUAGUUUAGUAUGCUGAGAAUCUAGAAUGUGGUUCCUCAGUCAGCACCAUACAGUAUGCAGGCAAUGAUUUCUCAAUACUAUUUCUAUUGCGCCAAUCACAAUAUUCACUGUUACGUAACAAUGUCCAUAUUUGGUAACUUAUGAGCUUUCCUGUGACUCAAUUGGAGCAUUGGAACGCACUUGACUGAGAUCUGUGUCAAAGUUUACUUUCAGAAUUGCUCUUCAGUCUCAAUGCACUUGUCACAGUAAAAAACCCAAAGUGAUUACCAAUGAAUAGUAGCUGGGAUAUUAAAAAUGUCACUACGAUUCUGCUCAUUAUUUUGCAUUGUAAAGGUGCAAAGGCCCAGUCUACAACGAAGAUCGCCAUCUUAGCUGGCACAGAUGUUACCUUAAACUGCUCUUUCAAGAAGCCUGAACAUGUACCGCUGAAGAAAAUCACGGUUGAGUGGGGGAUGAUGGUGGAUAAAGAGACCAUAAAGCACCUAGUGUAUACGUUCCAGAACGAGAGUGCCAAGGUGCAUCGUGAAGGGUCUCGAGUCGACCAAACGGGGUUGCUUCAGGGCAAUGCAUCCCUUCGUUUGUUCAACAUGACCGUGGCUGAUGAGGGACUCUACCGCUGCAGAGUGAUCAUCACUCCCAACACAUACAAAGUUUCCUCACAGCUGGAAGUAUCAGCCAGACCCUCAGUGUCCCUCCCAGAAACCGCCAUGGUGAUGGAGGGGGAGGAACGGACAUUGAUGUGUGACAUCACAGGAUUCUACCCAGAGAAUCUGGCUGUGACCUGGCUGAUCCAAAAUGGCUCCCGGGUGGCCCUUGGGAGCAUGGCUCGCGGGGCCAUCUCGCGUGAUGUGUGCACUGGAAUGGCUGUGCCCAAUCCAGACGGCACCUACAGUGUCAGCAGUCACAUCACUGUCCAGGCUUCAGCCGUAGGGAGCGGAGGAGCCAUGUACAUCUGUCACAUUGAACAUAGGUCCUACCCUGAUGGAAAAUACAGCAAAAGCAUCUUGUUGACUGUGCAAGAUCCAGGGUUUAAUGCUGUAACGCUGAUGGUAGUUACUAGUCUUGUUAGUGGUCUUCUGGUCUUCUCUGUCAUCGGUGGUGCAAUGGUCUUCUACAGGUAUUUUUACACAGUUCCUCCCAGCAUCUCUGACAUCAUCAAACCCACCAUCGUUUAUGCCAUGAAGCCGACCAACUUAAAAUGCACCAUUAAAAGAGUACGACUGAGAGAGUUCAAAGUGAAAUGGUACAAGAUAACAGCCAACAGGGACUGUAACGCAGCUUCCAAUAGCCAAUCAAAGGCACUGUUGAGCCACAAGAACCUGAGUGACCAGGCUAACAUCCACUCUGAGAGCACGCAUCACGUGUCCACCCUGUCAGUCUGUCUGUCAGUUAGGGAGGACCAGGCUAAGUACCUGUGUGUUGUGCUGUACAGAGGUAGGAAGAUCACCAGAGAGACCACUGUAAGUGUAAAAGUGACUCCAUCGUUCUUUCACAUCUCCAGCAUGCCUCAGAUCCCAGAGGUGAAGAGGUUGCUGGUGCUCUGCUGUCGGGUUGAGAAGUUCUACCCGGACGACCUCCAUCUCGAGUGGUCGAGAAAUGACGGGGAGCAGGUGAGGACAGUCACUAACUAUGGACCGUUCUCUGACCACGAGCGGAUGUACAGCAUGUGGAGUAAGAUCGAACUGACAAUAGCUCAGGAAGACGAGAAGGUGGUCUACACAUGCCGCUUGUAUCACUCCAGUUUCGCCGGGCCAGGAUACAAAGACGUUCUCUAUCAUAUUAACACACAAGGUACUCCUCCAAGCGUGAUGUUCAUCAAGUGUGAGCCACUACUCCCUCUGCUGGAUGAGGAGUGCACGCUCAACCUCUGUGUCAAAGACUUCUGUCCUGAACAAGUGUCUGUCACAUGGUUUAAGGACGGACAGACGGUCCCCAACAGCCAGUUCUUCAACUCCCCACCCAGCCUCAACAUCAAUGGCCUCUACUCUAUGUGGAGCUUCCUCAAACUGAGCCACACCUCGGAGGACUACGGCUCAGAGUUCAGGUGCCGGGUGGUCCACAGUGCCCAGAAGGAACCGGAGGAGAGGGUGUUCACACAUCAGAUCUCAUAAUCACCUAGUCAAGGGAAGUCAGACCUUUGAUCAAAUACUGUGUUUGCACUUUUGGGACUUUUCUAUUGGUUCCAUUACAACAGGAAAGCUCAAUAAAGGACGGCUCAAGUA